GGUGUGGGUGACGAGUGGUGGCCGAAGCAGGGGGACAUCAAGGGACGCUCAGGCGGGGACCAUGGCGGACGGUGGCUCGGAGCGGGCUGAUGGGCGCAUUGUCAAGAUGGAGGUGGACUAUAGCGCCACGGUGGAUCAGCGACUGCCCGAGUGCGAGAAGCUGGCCAAGGAAGGAAGACUUCAAGAAGUCAUUGAAACCCUUCUCUCUUUGGAAAAACAGACCCGAACUGCUUCUGAUAUGGUGUCCACAUCCCGAAUCUUGGUUGCAAUAGUGAAGAUGUGCUAUGAGGCUAAAGAAUGGGAUUUACUUAAUGAAAAUAUUAUGCUUUUGUCAAAAAGACGGAGUCAGUUAAAACAGGCUGUUGCAAAAAUGGUUCAACAGUGCUGUACUUAUGUUGAAGAAAUCACAGACCUUCCCAUCAAACUUCGAUUAAUUGAUACUCUACGAAUGGUUACAGAAGGAAAGAUUUAUGUUGAAAUUGAGCGUGCUCGGCUGACAAAAACGUUAGCCACAAUAAAAGAACAAAAUGGUGACGUCAAAGAGGCAGCCUCCAUUUUACAAGAGUUACAGGUGGAAACCUAUGGGUCAAUGGAAAAGAAAGAGCGAGUGGAGUUUAUUUUGGAGCAAAUGCGGCUCUGCCUAGCGGUGAAGGAUUACAUUCGUACACAAAUCAUCAGCAAAAAAAUUAACACCAAAUUUUUCCAGGAAGAAAAUACAGAGAAAUUAAAGUUGAAAUACUAUAACUUAAUGAUUCAACUGGAUCAACAUGAAGGAUCUUAUUUAUCUAUUUGUAAGCACUACAGAGCAAUCUAUGAUACACCCUGUAUACAGGCAGAAAGUGAAAAGUGGCAACAGGCCCUGAAAAGUGUUGUCCUUUAUGUUAUCUUGGCUCCUUUUGACAAUGAACAGUCAGACUUGGUUCACCGGAUAAGCGGUGACAAGAAGUUAGAAGAAAUCCCUAAAUACAAGGACCUUUUAAAGCUUUUUACCACAAUGGAGUUGAUGCGCUGGUCCACACUUGUUGAAGACUAUGGAAUGGAAUUAAGAAAAGGUUCUUUAGAGAGUCCUGCAACUGACGUUUUUGGUUACACAGAGGAAGGUGAAAAAAGGUGGACAGACCUGAAACACAGAGCUGUUGAGCAUAAUAUUAGAAUAAUGGCCAAGUAUUACACAAGGAUAACAAUGAAGAGGAUGGCUCAGCUUCUGGAUCUGUCUGUUGAUGAGUCAGAGGCUUUUCUCUCAAAUCUAGUAGUCAACAAGACCAUCUUUGCUAAAGUAGACAGGUUGGCAGGAAUUAUCAACUUCCAGAGACCCAAGGAUCCAAAUAAUUUAUUAAAUGACUGGUCUCAGAAACUGAACUCAUUGAUGUCUCUAGUUAACAAAACCACACACCUCAUAGCCAAAGAGGAGAUGAUACAUAAUCUACAAUAAGGGUCUCCAUGCCCUUAAUGCUUUUAGAAAAGAGUUAAAAUCGGAAGUCAUUAAAAAAGAAAAAGACUUUUAUGGUGUAUAUGUUGGGUUUUUUUUUCUUUUCUAUUCUCAACUCUUUUGUCUAAAAUUUAAAAGAUAGUGAAUAUGUUUGAGGCCCCUUUUGACCUUUUAGUACCUUAAUUUCAUUGUUAACUUUGCAUUUGGUGCAGAAAUAUACAAUACAUUUCAUCAUCUGAGUACUCAAAAAAUUGUCAUAACUUACCUAAAUAUGUUUUUCUGUCAUUUGAAACCUUUUUAGCUACUAUUUGUUUUCAUUCAGCUAACAACUAUAAUUAUUAUAAUAAAAGCAGUAUAUGCACGUUUACUUUCCAUUGUUACCCGUGUUUCUAAACAUUUUGUGGGAUAGUGAUUUAAAUGUGUUUUUUAAAAUAAAAUAAAUUUUGUUGUAAAGCUAUCGGUUAUUUAGUAGAAUUUAAAAGCAACAUAGAACCUGUAAGAACAUUUGGGAUAAAGUUGUGAUUUGUGAAGAAUCUGUAUUUUAGUAUUGUGGCAGAAAGUCUCUAGAUUGUGUACAGAGCUAUCUGGUAGGCUAUAGACUCUUUGUUUUAUUUUUUAUUUUUUUGAUUCAAGCUGUUUGAAUCGUGGUAGUUUAUCUUCCCUUUCCCUGACUUGGCCAGUUGUUGAACUAACUGUAUUGACUAAGUUUAAUACACAAAGUCAUUUUUCUAACUCCUUGUAGCUUUAACUUCCAUGUCUAAUUACCUCAUCAGUGCUCCGAUUUCAUUCUCUCCUCAAGGAACUUUAGUUCCAUUAUAUGCACACUAGGUAACAAGCUAAAAUGCAUUAAAAAUGACCCCAAAAAAGAGACUUCAGGGCACCCUCUUGGCAAAUGAGUCUUGACAGUUUUAAAAAAUAUAUUAUAAAACAGAAGUAGCUACGUUGUCAAAAGAAACAUCUGAGAUCACUUAUUAUGAGCAAAUUUUAGAAGUUUUAAAAUUUGAUUUCAGAGAAAAUGGGGGGAAAAGGUUAGGUUAUUUAAAAUGUAUCUAAAGAAAGUAAAAGGUCUUUUUUUUUCUUAAUACAAGUGAAGAGGGGAGGGGAAAGACAUUCUUGAAACAACAGUUUUUUAAAUUCAUUUUCCAUUUAAUGGUCACUAAAUUAUUCUAUUUCAUGAUCCCAGGGCUGGGAACAUUUGUAGACUCUCUAUUAUUUUUGUUGAGUCAUUGUGAAUAAUAACAUAGUAUCAAUCUAGUUUUAUUCUUUAGAAAUUUAAUGUAUUGGCCACAUUAAUAACAUUUGUUAUCACAGGUAGCUUAGAUGGUAAAGAAUCUGCCUGCAGUGUGGGAGACCUGGGUUGGGAAGACCCCUUGGAGGAGGGCAUGGCAACCCACUCCAGUAUUCUUGCCUGGAGAACCCCACGGACAGAGUUGGACGCGACUCAGCGACUAAGCACAGCACACAACACAUCUUUAAAAACUCACCAAAAACACUGCAAGCUCAGAAACAUUAGCACGAAGAAUGUAAUAUGGUUUUUAAUUUUCUUUUGAAUAGAAAGGAUGGAAAACAAAAUCAUUUUGUAUUGUUAGUUUGUAAACUGAAUUGGAACUAAUUCGAAUAUCUUUUCACUAACUUCAUCUUUCUAGGGACUCAUUCCCCUCAUACGUGCCAAACCUUGACUAUUUGGCCAAAUAUGUUGCUAUAAAGAUCUCAAGUGCUCCUCUCCUUUGUUUUUUAUUUUGACAUACCCUCAGACUAAGCUUUUUGUGUGUUCUCAUUUGGGGCCACUUGUAACUGUGCCCCAGUGACUAAAUCCCACUUGAUUUGGUUAACUGCACAUCCAUCUUUUUGUUUUUUCUGUCCAAGCAAACAAGAAUUACUACCAAUUUUUUAGUGUUAAAGAAAUCCAUUAGCCUAAGGCAGUAAAACAUUUGGGAUGUUUAGAACCUAAAAUCCUGCCCCCCAUCCCCGAAUUUCUGACCUAAAGCUGCAUGAAUGAGAAGGAUAGAACCACUGGGUUUUAAUACAGAGAAUACUUGCCUACUGUUUUCAUUAGGUUACUAACCAGCAGGAGAGGUAACAAGGGACUUUUUUUUUUUUAAUGAAACACCUUUCACCCUUUAUUUCUAUAUAAUGUAUGCUUUCAGUCAUUUCUGUAAUUCAGUUUCCAUGUGCUUUUUAUUGAAUCGAAAAAGUCAUCUCUAAAAUUCAUACCGUUCCAUUCUGUCUCUUAUAAGUGUUAAAUGUAUGAUAAAAGAACAUAUUUUAAAUUGUUUUCAGCUUCUGGAUAUAGCUGCAAUAAAAGCACUAAUUUGUGGUAUUUAAGAAAACCUGGAGAAUAAACUCAUACUUUA